AUGUCCGGAGACAUUGUGGGAGCGUGGGACGUGUCCCUGAGCGAUGGGCUUUACCGAAUUGAGUUUGAACACGGAUCAACGACAGGGAAACGGGUCAUUUAUAUUAAUGGGAAGGAGGUGUUGAGGAGGGACUGGAUGUUCAAAUUGGUGGGCAAAGAAACGUUCCCUGUUGGCUGUACAGAGGCAAAAGCAACCAUAACCAUUGAGGCCAUCACUGGGUUUUCCUAUGAGUACACGCUGGAGAUCAAUGGAAAAAGUCUGCAAACAUUUCUGGACAACCGAUCAAAAAUUUCCAAAACAUGGGUGAUGAAACUGGAUGGUGCCGAUUACAGGAUAGUCCUAGAGAAAGACACUAUGGAUGUGUGGUGCAAUGGACAGAAACUGGAGACUAUGGGAGAGUUUACAGAGAACGGAUCAGAGACACACUUUGCACUGGGGGACCAUGAAUGCUACAUAAAGGCAACAACUAGUGGACGAAAGCGAAACGGAAUAGUUCAUUCCUUACUGGUGGAUGGGAUCAGGAUAGAAGAGGCCAUUGAGUGAAAUGGAGGCUAAUAGAAUUCAGCUGUGCAAGACAUUUAGCAAGAGUGUACUUUAGCACAAUUAGAUACAGAUGGCACUGAAUGGAUUUUUUUCUUCUUCAAUAAAUCCAAUAUGUUGGAAAUUGUUCUGUGUGGACAAGAACAUUUCAAGGUGUUAAGGGUCUUAAAGUAUCUUAAUCAUGAGCGUUUUAUUUGAAUGUGAUAACAUGACACAAACAAACAAACAUGUUUUCUUUUAUCAGAUGGCAUAAGGCAACGUUAAGGCAAGAUGACUGGAAUUUUUUGUUUUUAACCAUAUAGAGCAGCUACACAUCGAUGGAUUUGCUCUUCAGUGUUUGGACUUUCAGCAGUAAAAAUUAAACCACACUGAACUGAACUGAACUUUGAAAACUGGACAGACACAUGCAGUUUCAAUUGCAAUUUACUAGAACUUCUAUGUUAAGCUGCUUAUG